UGACUGGAGAACGCGCGCGGUGCUGUCGGUACAAAUCUGCCUCACACUCCUCACCCCGUCAAACGGAGAGAGACUGAGGUGAAAGAGGGAGAGAGAGUGGCUGGGAGACGCUUUAAUCUCGUCCUUCUGCACGCGCUCGCACCUGCGUGAGCUUUCAAGCGGAGCGCGUGCGGCCCCCGCGCGCCUCCACGAGUUUACCGCGCGCGGUUUCCGGCUGCCGCUGCGAGGCCGCAACGACAAACACGAGCUGUGAGAAGAAUAUUAUAACGUUUAAAAGCCUCUUCGGGCUCGUGGGAACUCGAGGUAAUUGUUGAUAUAGGAUAAAUCUGUAUUCUAAACUUAGCUCUGAGCGAAUUUCCCGUUAGUAAACUGUCGCAGAAUUUGAAUGUUGAUCUCAGGUGUUGUUUUUGUGCGUUAGUUUCAUGACUGAGAAUUGCGAUAUUUUGCUAGCUUCAGUCUUGGACUUCACUGACAAAAAGUUCCACGGUACCACAUGGUAAUAUCGUGGUAUUUCCAAACGCCUGUGAGUAAAUGCCAACAUAUGCUUGUUUUUCAGCUCCGUGAAGAUUCUGUAAAUCAAAACAAGAUCACAUGUUUGUUGUGAGGCGCACAAAGCUAGCAGUUUAAUACCAAUUCUGCUGUUAAAACCAGUAGUUGUGUACUUUGAUUCAGCAAUAAGAGUCGUAGAGUGCAAAACUCACAUCAGUUCAUUAUCCCUAUCGUUCUUUUUACACUUAAAUGAGUGUAAGAAUCCAAGAUCACAUCCGAGCCCGACAUGUCCCCUAAAAUCAACGCUAUAGGCUCAACCAGAACUUUCUAGUCAGUAAAAAUCUCCCAGAUUCUCUAAGGAGCAGCUUGAAUUUUUAAUUGAAUGCCCAUACAGAUUGUUAGAAUAUUUGAUUUGAUUUGGCUUUAAUUAGAUGUUUGAACUUGGUUUUGGUGACUCUUAACAACACUGUUUUCAUUUACGUUUUAAUUAUCACUGUUUACUAUAUCAGUUUCUCUGAAGUGAAGUGAUGGGAGGGUCUCUUGAGGGUGUUCGAUAGGUUGUCCCCAGUCACAAUCUCUUAAACGUCUAAAACCGAAAGAAUACAAGAAAACAAUCUGUUUAUACAGAAGAGCUUUCUUAUUUCUUAUAUAAUUGAUGUCAUGCCAUGUUUUUGUAAUAAUGGUGCAUUGUUUUGUUUGCUUUUUGGAAGUCCUCUCUUUGGCACGUUUGGCAUUAACGCCCAGAAGAGGAAUAAAUCAUUUUUUUACUCCAAUUUGUAAACUGUAUAGAUCUCCGCUGGCAGGAGAUACACUGGCGGAUUCAUCUGGAGCGAAGGAUUUAUUUCAUUUUUAACAGGCCGCUGACACAAUUCUCAUUAAGCAACAAAAAUCAUUAGCACCGUGCACAGCUACAUUCGUAGAAAUCAAGUAAGUGCUCAUUUUUUUCCGCCAAGGAACCAUGGGAGUGGCGUGUGAGAGAAAGCGAUUGGGGGGGUUUAGCUCUGGUGUGAAAAAAUAUCAUAAAUUAAAAUGGACGACAUGAAUUGAGCGCGGAAUGUCAAACACUGUCAACAAGACGGCUCUCUGUCACGGGGAGAAUUUGAGACAUUAACAGCUUCUGUCAUUCUGCUGACAAAAUGGUAGCAGAGAUUUCCCAGGGUGCCGAGAUGACUGCUGGCGUUUGUCAACAAGCCGCUGUCAGAGCAGGGAGAGAGAAGGGGAGAGAGAGAGCGAAAGCAUACACAGUGUCACUGACAGCUACCACACAAGCAUCCCAUGAGUCCUCCUCACCACCCAGAAAGAGAGAGAGAGAGAACAACGAUGAGGGGGGAAAAAGAAAAGAAUGGAUGGAUGGAUGGAUAGAUGGAUAGAUAGUAAGGAGGGUGCAGGUCUCUGGUGCACCUUUCAUAUAAAAUUGCAGGAGGAAAAUGAGCUGUCACUCCAAUUCCCAGGAUGCUUUGCUGUUUAGCAUAAGUGUGCUGUGUGGGCCGCUGUCGGACAGACUGACUCAGAGAGAUAAUUAACUAAAGCUGCAGUUUUUCCUCCUCUCCCUCCCUUCCUCCGCUAGACGCCUUCUCCAGUGCUCAUCUGCAUUUUUGCCAGAGGCGAGCGGUUAGCACAGGAGCCGGGUGGAGAGAGGGUAAGAAGCCAAUUAGUCAGGUGGAUGGAUGAAUGAUUGACAGCAGGCUGCUACCUCGGUUCCACUCUACAUUAAUGCCGUGAUCCGCUCGGCCCCAAACACACGUGCAUUCGCGUGUACGCGCCGGCCUGGCGUCGCACGCUGUUCGCUCGAUUCCUCCGGCCCGGAAUCAAAUCAUCCUGCGCUGCUCCUUCUCAUCCCGUCUUUUUUUGUUGUCUGUCUACACCGUUGCUCUAAUCUGAACCCUUUGUGGCCCCCGAGUCUUUGCUGUUCUUUUAUGUUUUCUUUCAGGCCGUCCCUCUCUGCUCUCCUCUGCCCCUCGCUGGAGAUGAAAACGGCGGCACGGCUACCCUAAGAGUUUCGCUUACAUGCCUCGAUCUAUUUGCGGGCGUCGUUUAGCAUGCUGAGGGCCAUAUAACCAUCACGAUUGUGUUCCUGUGAUAGCUGUUGUACACAUAAACAAAUGCCGGGCCUUCACCGCCAAAGUCGCUUAAAAAAGGUGUCAGAGGGAGGAGAUUUAUAUCCGUCCAUCAAGAUUCAAAGCUCCCAGGAUGUUGUGAGUGAAACGGAGGGACGGGAGAGAUCAUUAGAGCCACGAAACUCAGGAGCAAAAGGACAGUGAAAGACAUUUCUGAAGCGAGAGCGGGAAGGAGUACCCGGGAAACAGCACAGGUAAUCUACACUUCGGUUGGCCUGUUUGUCUCUUUUUCCCAACCACCCUGACAUCUGGACAUGGUAACAUUGGCUCAACCAAUAGGUUCACACGGCUGGUUUUCAGUUUUCCAGAGCACUCAUUCUCUGGACCGAUUCAUUUGUGCAGAGUCAAUUCCCUGUGGAUGAUCUAGGAGGAGCUGUUUGUUGGGCUGGAGGAACUGCCCUGUGGCAGCUCUUUGAGAGGUUAAGCUGAAGAUUGUCAUUGCCCAAGGGGUCUGUUCGACUGUGGUUCUCUGCCGUGGGCCGACACACCUGUGCGUUUCUUUGUUUCUCUCGCGAAUCACCAGAAGCAAAGCCGACAGAUUGAUGGCAAACGCAGCGCAGAAGACUUCCGAGAUACGUCACGACGGAUCAAACAGCUACCGUUUGAUGCAACUCGGAUGCUUGGAAUCUGUGGCCAACUCAUCUGUCGCUUACUCGUCGUCGUCUCCGCUCACGUACCCAGCUACCGGAACCGAUUUUGCCUCAACGUAUUUUCCCACGAACCACCAGUACACGCCCUUGCACCACCAGUCUUUCCACUACGAGUUCCAGCACAGCCACCCGGCCGUGAACCCGGACGCGUACUCGUUAAACUCUCUCCAUCACUCGCAGCAGUAUUACCAGCAGCUCCAUCACGGCGAACCGGCGGACUUCAUCAACCUUCACAACGCGCGGGCGCUCAAGUCCUCCUGUCUGGACGAGCAGCGACGGGAACUGGGCUGCCUGGACGCGUACCGCAGGCAUGACCUGUCAAUCAUGAGCCACGGCUCUCAGUACGGCAUGCACCCUGAGCAAAGACUGCUGCCCGGGGCGGGUCUGGGGCUGCCGCCACCGGGGGCCGAUGACCUACAGGGAUCUGUAGACGCGCAGUGCGGGCUUGUGUUAAAUGGCCAAGGCGGUGUGAUACGGAGAGGUGGCACGUGUGUAGUCAAUCCUACAGACUUGUUCUGCUCUGUACCGGGAAGACUUUCUCUACUCAGUUCUACCUCAAAGUACAAAGUGACCAUCGCUGAAGUCAAACGCCGCCUCUCUCCUCCCGAGUGUCUCAAUGCCUCACUGUUGGGCGGGAUUUUAAGAAGGGCCAAGUCGAAGAACGGUGGUCGAUGCCUCAGGGAGAAACUGGACAGACUGGGGCUCAAUCUCCCAGCAGGCCGCAGGAAAGCGGCGAACGUCACACUGUUGACCUCUUUAGUGGAAGGGGAAGCGCUGCACUUGGCUCGGGACUUUGGUUACACCUGCGAGACUGAGUUCCCAACUAAAGCCGUGGGAGAACAUCUCGCCCGGCAGCACACGGAGCCAAAGGAGCAGAACGCACGCAAGAAGAUGGUGCUGGCCACCAAACAGAUCUGUAAGGAAUUUCAGGAUUUAUUAAGUCAAGAUCGAUCUCCACUCGGUUCCUCUAGACCAACACCAAUUCUGGACAUGGACAUUCAGAGACAUCUAACACACUUCAGUUUGAUCACGCAUGGGUUCGGUACGCCAGCGAUUUGCGCCGCUCUCAGCACCUUUCAAACGAUUCUCAGUGAAAUGCUCAAUUACCUGGAGAAACACUCGGCCAAUAAGAGCACAGGAACACCUGACGCCAACCAGAUCAACUCCAAUUCCGACAAAAUGCUUCGCAAAACCUCAGAAGCGCCGACUAAAGACGGUAAAAUAGAGAAAACCGAAUGACUCUGGAGUUCUCACUUCCUGAUCGGAGCUCUGAUGGGCGGGACUUGUUCAGGGUGUGGCUUUAACGGGCAGAGUCAAAGGGUUUUUAUUUCAUAUUUCUUUAUUUAUAUAACUGACCUCAACUUUCCCGUAAGACAGUCUGCCUUUGUGUAGAAAUCAGGGGCGUAGCCAGAACUUUUUUUUAGAGGUGGCCAGGUAAUUUUAUUAGGGUGACCAAAAAAUCCUUACAGACUGAAAUUCUUAAACUUCUACUGUAAUUUACACCAAUUCUUCAUUACACAUAGUUUGCUGGUCAAAACAUACACAAAGAACGUAAAGUAAACAAUUUAUUCGCAAUGCUUUCAUGUGCCAACAUUAUUUUAAAAUAAUUUGCUAGCUAUCAUUUACAGUAAGUUAGCAUUUUGUAUAGAAAAUAAACAUUGCAGUACCCCAACUUAAACUUUCGCGAAAAUGUAAUUAAUGAAUGGAAUCCAGUUAAACCAGACUGAUUUUACUCACCUGAUCCUUCUGCUCGCGAUGAACUUUCAUGGUACACAGACAGUACACUGUCACGAAGCGGUUAGCAGCUGUUCAGCUAUAGCGCUCAGACUGUUUGCGUCAGUGCGUCAGCGUAUGACAUCAUAUUAAAGCGAGAGUAAUGUUCAGUGCAUACGCUAAAUGAUCUGCACAGCACUCCGUAAACUCCGACACACAUCUUAAAACUGCUUCGCACAACAGCGGUGGCCAGAUAGGUAGCCAUCCUUCAUUCAGGGGUAGCCGUGGCCACCCAUGGCCACCAUGUAGCUACGCCCCUGGUAGAAAUCAAUCUCAUUAAUCUCACUGCCCGAUAUAUAACCCUUUUUUCCUUCUUUUUUUAUAAGUUAUUAAAAAGGUUAUUUUGCUUAUGGUUUGUCUGUAUGUAAUUAGUUGAAAGAAUAAUUUUAAAGAUGUAAUAUCUUUUAUUAAAAGGUUCACAUUGCAUUUCAGCUAAGACCUCAUUUGAGGUCUGUUUGGAACUGUAAAUUAUUACAGGCAACUUUCCACGUUGCCGUUACUUACUGUAUAUUGUGCAUGUUAAACUUUGUACACCAUCUGAAACGGACAUUUCAGCGGCCACUGUUGUUCCAGAACACGAAUUCGUGACUGCAUUUGUAAAGAAGUUAUAUAUAAAUAUAUAAAUUCAAUCUUUUCUUGUAGGCUUUGAACUACAUAUAUGAAAUAACCCUACAUGCAAACUACCGGUGUUCAAUAAAGCAUA